UAUAUUUUUAGAUAUACAUGUUAAAUUAUCAUUUUUAUGAUUACACAAAUAAAUAAAUAAUAAUAAAAGAACUAGAAUGAAUUUACAUAAUAAUGACUAUGAAAGAAGAGAGAUACGUAUGAUGUUGAACAUUGAAAAGCGAUCACCAUGGGUGUGCUUUCAGGAACCUUUUGUAUAUAUCCCAGAGGAGAAAGUUUGUGAGGCAUUGAAGGUUUUACUUGAUGUAAGGAAUCAUCCUGUUCUAAUUCACUGUAAGAGAGGAAAGUACCACACAGGCUGUCUGGUGGGCUGCUUGAGGAAACUGCAGAGAUGGUGCCUCUCCUCUGCAUGUCCCACAUCGGUCAAGAAAUAGAGAAAGAGAGAGAAAGGUCCUUAUAAAGUGGGGCCUCAGUACAUGAAACAAUGUCGGAAGCUGGGCCGGGCGAUGGGUCAUCAGCUAGGCCUAUGGGGCUAGGGCCAGAUGUUGGUUUUAAAGUAUAAAAAUUUGCUUAAAUUAAUUUAGGGACACGCGAGUCUGAGCGUGUCCCAUUCAUUGACUGCGUGUCAAAAGUUUGGACACGCAUUGACUUUGUGUCGGGGCGUAUCCGACCGUG